GCAACUCUGCCACGCUCCUCUUGUGGCAGGAGGUAGGAUGCAACAAGUCCCUGGAGCGCUUCCCGGUGUGAGCCGGAGUGAACGUGACAUUUAAAAAUAAAUGAAUAAAUGAAUAAAAAAAACCAAAAGGCAAACAUUUACUUACCUGUCCCCAGCGGAGAGCUCUGGGGCCGGCCGCCGGUGCGGGCCAGGAGGCGGACGGAGGGUGGCGGGAGCCAGGGCUGGCUCCACUGCCGGGAAGGACUUUCCUCGGGAACUUUCCGUCCCGCUCUGGUUUCCUGGGAGGCGGCUGGGAUCACGUUUUAUACCGUUGUUAGCUGGUAACCCCUCUCAUUCAUUAAGCUCACGUAAUAACUCAAAGGGAAACGUGACUCUGAGCUAAGGCAUUUGCGUAAAUCUAUAGGUUUUUAAAACUCCCUGCCAGUUGCUUUCUGUCUUCUGUAGGCACCAAGGUGGUGGAGAGUUUAAGCUUGCGGAUAUUGCAAAGGGUUAUUAGAUUCAUAAGUCACACCAAGUGGUGGGCGAUCCACUGAGCAAAGCAGAAGUUCUCACAUGAUGACUUCAAACAAGACACAUUACCUUCCAGCAUCUGUUGGAGAGACUGGAUUUUAAGACACUUCUGUCUCCAGGACAGCAAAGAAACAAUGUUCCACCAAGUGAGAAGAGUGAUGACCAUCCUUUUCCUUACUAUGGUUAUCUCAUACUUCAGUUGCAUGAAAGCUGCCCCGAUGAAAGAAGCUAGUGUAAGAGGACAAGGCAGCUUGGCUUACCCAGGUCUUCGGACCCACGGGACUCUUGAGAGCCUAAAUGGGCCCAACGCUGGUUCAAGAGGACUGACCUCACUGGCAGACACUUUUGAACAUGUCAUAGAGGAGCUUCUAGAUGAAGACCAGGACAUCCAGCCCAGCGAGGACAACAAGGAUGCAGACUUGUACACAUCUCGAGUCAUGCUAAGCAGUCAAGUGCCUUUGGAACCCCCACUGCUCUUUCUGCUUGAGGAGUACAAAAACUACUUGGAUGCUGCAAACAUGUCCAUGAGGGUCCGGCGCCACUCUGACCCAGCUCGCCGUGGGGAACUGAGCGUCUGCGACAGCACAAGCGAGUGGGUGACAGCGGCGGAGAAAAAGACUGCAGUGGACAUGUCCGGGGCAACUGUCACUGUCCUGGAGAAAGUCCCAGUACCCAAAGGCCAACUGAAGCAAUACUUCUAUGAGACCAAAUGCAACCCCAAGGGGUACACAAAGGAGGGCUGCAGGGGCAUAGACAAGAGGCACUGGAACUCCCAGUGCCGAACUACCCAGUCUUACGUGAGAGCUCUCACUAUGGAUAAUAAAAAGAGAGUUGGCUGGCGCUUUAUAAGGAUAGACACUUCCUGUGUAUGUACAUUAACCAUUAAAAGGGGAAGAUAGUGGGUUUGUGUUGUAUAGAUUAUAUUGAGACAAAAUUAUCUAUUUGUAUAUAUACAUAACAGGGUAAAUUAUUCGGUAAAAAAAUAAUUUUAUGGACUGCAUGUAUAACUGAAGUUUAUACAGUACAGUGAUUCCACAAUCUAUUUAUUGAACAUAUCCAUGACCUGAAGGGGAACAAAAGUCAUUUGCGCACAAGGUUAAAAAAAAAAACAAAAAACAAACAAAAAAAAAUAAACAAAAAAAAAACAAAAAAAGAGACCCAAGCAAACAGCAAAGUCUGCAUUACAUUCCUUGAGAACAUUGUGGUUUGUCGCCGUUGCCAAGAAUUGAUAAUAGAAAAAGAUUAAAAAAAAAAACAAAGAAUAAAAUUGCAUGCUGCUUCAGUUGUGAAUUGAUGAUAAACUGUCCUCUUUCAGAAAAAUAAAUUGAACCAAAACAUUCCGUUUACAUUUUAGACAGUGAGUAUCUUUAUUCCUGUUGGUAUUAUAUCUGUUUACUGCUUUUAACUCCUGAUAGCGUUGGAAUUAAACAAUGUCAAGGUGCUGUUGUCAUAGUUUUCCUGUUUCUGUUUUACUUUUGAACUCCCUUCAGAUUGAAAAAGGAAAAAAACCCCUCUCGUUACCUUAUCCUGGAUUAAAAACCAGUUUCCUUUUUGUAUGUUGUAAAGGUGUUUGCAAUAGCAGUCCAACUACUGACAAAAAAUAAUAAAAAAAGAGGCAACUGAAAAAGAAUGGUGAUGUUCCACUGUUCCACUUCACAUUGUAGAAGCUGAAAGACAGCACUUAAUUAACUGUAUGGCAACAUGCUUCUUUGGAGUAUUUUCUUUUCUUUUUUAAUUAUUUUAACUUUUUUAUUUGCUGUCUUUUGAGACCUGCAUUUGCUUAUACCAUGUUUGUUUGUGUUUGAUUUUUGUUUUUCUUUUCCUCCCUCUGGAAGGAUGGUGGUUGUGAUCUUUGAAGUAUUUCACUUACCAUGCAACUGGAGCUUGUCAUAUAGAAAAUACUCUAUAUAUAGAGUGUUGAGAGCAAUGAUCUUCAUGUAAUAAAAGUCUCUGUGGUGGGUUCAAAUGUCUUGGUGAAGCACACAAGAAUGGCACUAGAAGGAAUGUCUAGAAAGGUGAUGGUGGAUCUGCAGGUUCAACCUGGUUUGUCUGGUUGGUCAUGGGACUGAGUAGCUCAGUGAGUUCAAGGACAGAGAGCAGUGUUUUAUUUUGACUGAGUAGUCAGCACUAAACAUUGUCCUGUGCAUCCUGUGAGAGGGAGAGCUUGCCUUUUCCACUUACACUUUUACCCUCCAGGGCAUCUCCAGCAGCCCCAGGCCUUCAAAGUGUGUUAGGAAACUGCAGUAGCAUCCCUGCCUGGAAGAUAGCUGGGGAAUGAGGUGGGAAGAAGCCUUGCUUCUAGAUGAAGCACUUGGAGUUUGUGUGGCUCUACCUCUGCUGUCAGCCUUAUUUUAUGAAACAAAUAUUGGCAUAAGAAAAAAAUAUACUCAUGAAGUACAUGGAGAGCAAGUGCUGGAGGAGUUUGCUUAAUGUUGCUGAGGUUCUGAUAUACGUAUUAACUGGGCACUGCCCCUCUAACUAUCCUGAAGUAUGUCUAAAGAGGCCGGCUGGAAGCCUGGGAGUUGUGCAUAGCACUUGCACUGACUACAGUGGGCAGAGAAGCAGAAAUAGCUCAUUGGUGAGCUCACUGGAGGCAGAUGCUAUAUUUGUAAUUCCUGUAGAUGAAGAAAAGUAUCUGAACAAAGAGGGAAGUACUGUGAAAUAUCACUACUUCUGAAUGGUGCAGAAUCUGCGUUAAUCUGCCUCACUGUUUGAGUUAAUUAAAAACCUGAACUGGGCAAAGCUUAUUUGGAAUAUGCUCCCCCACAGUAAUUCUCUCUGAAGAGCAUAUUUAACACUGACUUCAUGUCCUUUCUAGUAGAAACCCAUGCUGGAAGCUAACAGAGGCUAACAUUUCAAAAUCAGUAAUUUCUUCUACUUAGGCUAGAACGGCUUCCCCUUCCCUGGGAUAACUGAUGGGCAAAGGGGAACCAGCCCAGCUGUGCAGUGAAAACCUUUUGCAUUGGCCCUGUGCACACUGGAUUGUUAUAGAGAAGAGGAAAUUGUGUGUCCCACCUGAACUUCAAACCUUGACUUUCCCAAUCAAUUGCAGCUAUUCAGGCUCCCACACAGAUAUCAGAAAUGGGGGGG